ACAGGACUCAGGCCGAAGCUAAGCCCAUUGAGGAACUGAGAGUGAGAGAGGCUGGAAGCAGGUGCUGCUGCAAGCGUGAUGUGGCAGUUUCUCAUGCAUUGCUGAUUUCUGACAGACCAUAAAUCAAAUUGCUUAGACUGCUAAAAAGGAAAGGGACUAUUCGAAGGGGAUUUAUAAGAAGAAAAAAAACUUCCUUUGCUUUUCAAAACAGCGGACCAUGCCUUCUCAAGAAAGAAGUUGAAAGAGGUGAAAAGGAAGUAAGGUAUGUGAGAUUGUGAUCUGCAGAUGCAGGUCCACCACAACCCUCACAUGACGUGGAUUUCCGCUCUGACACAUUGUGCCUGUAGCUGCUCAGCGGGGCAGGGCCACACGAUCACUGAAGAGCUGCUGCUGCUGCAGGACAUGAUGGUUCUUUGAGGGCUACUCUACCAUGCAGCGCACUAUGAAUUUCAAUGGACUUCAACGACAGAGCAGCCAAGAGAAUUACAUUCUGGAUAAUACUAGGAAGAAAUGCUCCCUGUGGUCCCGACGCUCCCUGAGGGAAAACAAUGAUCGACAACAGAACAUCACAGGCUCCCUGUCCAGAGUCAGCAAGACAAAACUAACCCACUCCAACUCCUUGGUUGAUUACUCUGACCCACAAAGGACCACGAUCGAACUUGAAAAACAAGACAAUGAAACAUUUGGUUUUGAAAUUCAGACCUAUGGCCUGCAGCUGAAGGACAGCUCUGCAGUGGAGAUGUGCACGUUUGUGUUCAAAGUGCAGGAGGACAGCGCUGCUGAGAGUGCUGGCCUGACCGCAGGAGAUAUUAUCGUCACCAUCAAUGGGGUCAGCAUUGAAGGAUCAUCUCAUCAACACAUACUUGAUCUGAUCAAAGAAUCAACCAACAGUCUAAAGAUGGAGACAGUGUGUGGAAAUGUAGUGAAGCAGAUAGAGCUGGAGAAGAGGGUGAACCUGCUGAAGCAAUCACUACGUGAGAAAUUGGUGGAGCUACAAGCCGUUACAUUACAGGAAAAACGUCUGAUGCGAGGGAACUUGAACAACAGCAGCCUCCACCUCUCGAUGGACUCAUCAGGGAGUCUGAGUACUCAACGCCGGCGUUUUUCAAGUGACAGUAGCUACCGAAGCGUGAUGACAGAAGACAGUGACCAGGCCAGUGUGUUUGGGGAUCUGUGCUCUCCAAGCCCCUGCAGUGCAGCCAGCACCACAGACGACAGCUGCUUCUUCUCCAGAGACUUCCCCUCACAGGACGGCUCCCGCAGGUUUUCAACAAGCUCCAACCAUCAUCACCUGGGACGCUCCAGCAGCUCCAGCUUGGCCGGCAGCAGCAGCAGCUCCAUCUCUCCUUCCUGGGAGGAAACAAGGAUCUCCUCCUUGUUUGGUACCCUGCCCCGUAAAAGCAGGAGAACCAGUGUUCGUAAACACAUCCUGAAGUUAAUUCCUGGACUCCAGCGAUCAGUGGAAGAGGAGGAGAUUGGAACAAACUAUUAGUGACUCACAUGCUCCUUGUGUUUAUUUGAUACUAAGGGUUAACAAGGUUUCUCAUGCUCUUUUUGAAGAAAGAGAUAGACACUGUAAUGAAGUGUUUCCACACACACAAGGUUUGGUUAACCCUUAAAAGAAACCUGUCUUCGCCUUCAUGGGAACUCAGAGAUAACUGACAUUUUGGCACUUGGCAUUUAUCAAUGUCAAAGUUGAUCCAAGAGGGUCCUGAGCCUUAAAGGUGAGCCUGGCUCACUGCUUGGCUUAGACUUGUGGUUGCACAAAAGCAUUAUGAAAAUAUUCUUCCUUUGUGUGAAUGUACGAAUACAAGAUUGUAAUGUAAAUAGAUGAGAUGUGUAUCCUACUGGCUUGAAUAAAAAGCUGCAUUAAUCAGAAGUUUGAACUGCAGUAGCUGAACUCAUGUAGCACCUUGUACUUUAACAUGAGUUUACUGUGACCUAAAACCCAUGAGAACCAUGUAUAUUUCAGGUCUGAUACACAUGUAAACAGCACUUCGGUCACAUUCAGGUGCUGAAAACCAAAACCAGAGCUCUACUCCAUAUAGGUGUCUGCUCAGCUCAUAACAGGAUGUGGGUACAAGAAGUACAACUGCUCGUUCACAACAUUUCUUUUUAACUUUCGGUGUUCAGAAAUACUGUUUCUUGUUUCUGAAUAUGCUUAAAUAUGUAUGUUUCACUUUCAAUAGCAAUAAAGUACGUUUUUACAGAAUGUCGUGCUUUCUUUUUUGGUAUCAAGUCAAUAAAG